UAAAUUGUACAUAGAAUUUUUAAUAACAAUUUUUGUCCGCGUAUUGGAACCUAUUCUCGCGAUUAAUGCAUCCUGCAAGGAACAAUAUGUUUCUUGUAUGUGUAACCGUGGGCCUUGUAUUGUUGGCCUCUAAAUAUCGCAAGAAUGUACUGCAAAGCGUUAAACAUCUUUGCCAAACUAUAAAGAAUAAAAAUUAUAAGAAGAGCGACGACAAGAAAAGGGAUCUUAAAAUUACAUUAGACAAAAUUAUUUUGGCGGAUACUCCGGAAAAAUGUGACUAUGCCAUUCAGUGUAUUCGCUGCAACUUAUCUAAUGAUAUAUUGGGUUUUGACUGUGAAUGGGUUAAAGAAGGACCUGUUUCUCUAGUUCAGCUUGCUACAGUUAACGGAGUAUGCGGCCUGUUUCGCAUUAGCAAAAUUGGAUACGUUCCUCACAAAUUAAAAGAGCUGCUCGCUAGUAAACGUAUUCUUAAAGUUGGAGUCGCUUCCUACGAAGACGGGCAAAAAAUAAUAUCAGAUUACGGGUGCAGAGUCGGCGGUACGCUUGAUUUAAGAACAUUAGCGGAACAUGCAAAUUUGCCAAGUCCUAGAAGUUUAGCUGCAAUGAGUUUACAGUAUUUAGGCUUGGAAAUGGAUAAAUUAAUAGAAGUAAGGUGUAACAAUUGGAAUGCUGACACUCUUACCGACGAACAAGUAGCAUAUGCUGCUUGCGAUGCAAUUACGUCUGUUCUUAUUUAUGACCAGAUUGUGCAAAUGAUAAAAGAAAAGUAUUCCUUGUGGGAAAACUUUAUAAAUUAUAUUAGAAGUAUAUGUAAUAAAAAUGUGAAUAUGCAAUUACGUUAUUUACCUAGUGGAAUAAUCGAUACAAGGUUCAAGGAUCAAAAGAUAUACACAACUGUUAAUCACAGAAACGCUAAAAUCAAAAAUUUUGAAGAGUUUACACAAGAUUUGAAGGAAAACAACAAUGUAUAUAAACACAAUAUGUCUACAAGAAGUAAACCAUUAUAUUAUAAUUGUUAUUUACAAGCCCCGGAUGGAGAUGUAUUGUGUACGUGUGAUCACAAGAAAGCUAAAUGGUACAUUAAUAAAGGAUUAGGGGACGUAAUUUCGGAGGAACCAUUCACCGUGAGGUUAAAAUUUGAACCUUCUGGACGUGCUGUAGGAGAAGUUGGGCAAUAUUAUACACAAGUUAAAAUCAAUCGAUGCGUAGUAUGCGGAGCUUCGGAAAAAUUUAUUAGAAAAAAUGUUGUGCCCAGAGAAUAUCGUAAAUACUUUCCAUUGGUGAUGAAAGCGCAUCAGUCGCAUGAUGUGUUAUUAUUAUGUCCAGCGUGUCAUGAACUAAGCAAUUACCAUGAUCUGCAGUUCAGAAGAAAGCUAGCAGACAUGUGUGGUGUGCCUUUAACUACUCCACCGACACAUACACGCAGUAAAUAUGUAAAUAAUUGGUGGAAAUUAUAUUCGGCUGUUAAGGCAUUAAAAAAAAGAACAUUACCUGAUAUACGUUGCAAAGAACUAGAACACUAUAUUUUACAAUGUACUGGUCAAGAAGUUACACCAAUUCUCCUAGAUGCAUUAUACAACGAAUUAAAAAAUACAACAAUUUCAAAGUCUAAUCUAGAUAAAACAGAGCGUCAACCUCAUGGUUUGAAGGUAGUUCAAUAUUUUCAAAGGAAGGAAGGUGGGCUGGUAAAAUUCGAACGCAUGUGGAGGGAACAUUUUCUUUUGAAUAUGAAACCAAAAUACUUGCCAAGUUUAUGGUCUGUUCGUCAUAAUCAAGAAAGAUUAACCAUUCGUCAAUUACAAAAUAGAAUUAAGCCAGAAGAAGCAAAGGUGGCUGGUUUGAUGAAUAAUGAAUUUUAAGUAAUCUAUACAUAAAAGGACUCGUAUAAGAGCGAGAACUUGUAUUGAAAGACUGUCACAUAAAUCUAUACGUUUCUUAGGAACAUUUAUUUAUAUAAACAUCUGCA